AAGCCGGUUGGGGCAUUGUCUCGGUUCAGAGCUAGAGGAAUGGCUCUUCCAUUCCUUCUCUCUUUUCUCUUGCUGUUUAUGGCAGGAGAUGCAAAUAACUUUCCAGAUUUGGAGUAUGAUGUAGACACUGCUUUAGUCUGGAAAUGCCCUCUUUCUCCUGACAAUAAUACAACAGUAUUAUAUAGAGAUAAAGACUAUCAAUACGUUGCAUCAUCUCAAGAACUGUUGAAUAAAAAUUGUACUUUUGUAUCAAAUAUGUUUCAGUUGCUAUCUGCUUUUGAUGAGCUGAAGGAGCAAAAUGAAGCAAUGGAAUCUAAAAUUGUAAAGAGAGAUGUAUUUCAUAGUUCUUGGUUUAAACAAUAUCAUAAUCUCAGUGUUAUGUAUGAUUGGUACAAAUCAUUAGCUCAUGAGUAUUCAUCAAAUGUUGCUGUAAAGAGCAUUGGUAAAACAAUAGCUGGUAGAGAUAUACUGGCUGUAGUGAUAGGAACUGAUUCAAACCAACCUGCUGUGUACUUCCAAUGUCUAGUGCAUCCAAGAGAAUGGAUUACUGGCCCAAUGUGCAUGUACUUAACACAGCUAUUGGCAAGAGCUGAUUCAUCUAAUAAUAUUCUCUUCAGUUUAUUACAAAAAUAUCAAUUUAUUAUUGUACCUGUUGCUAAUCCUGAUGGUUAUUAUGUAAGUCAAUUAAAUCAUUCCGUUAAGUAACUGUUA